GGUGGGAAGGUGAAAGAAGGCAUCUGGCGCGUGGGAAGUCUAGAUUUAUAACGUUUUCAUCACGACUAGUCUCGGUUGAAAUUCUGUGCUUGUUCAAUUCCAGUGAAGGCGAAAACAUUCAAGUGAGAGAAGUGGGAGCCAAGUUGAACUUUUUAGGCAUCCCCCCAAAAAUCCGGCGACCCAGAGUCGAGGUUAUUGCAACCAGCAGAAGAAUGUUAGAAUUCGGAGAACCAGUAACCAAUGAGCAACAGUAGGAAAAGCAGAAAGAUGCUUGCACCAACUGUUGCAGCGAGGGUGAAAUUAUUUACCAUGGACAAAGGAUAUUUUUAUGUUUCAGCGGAUGCUCUGCUUAUGUAGCAGUGCGCAAAAGACUGGGGACAACUCAGCACAUUGGACUCCUCGCAAGUGAUGGUCAAGUGUCGAUAAGAAACCACUUGCGUAACUUUUUCACAAUGGAUUACUGGACUUUUGAAAUUAACACAAACGUAACACAAAAUAAAUGUAACAAUUUUAGGGUGAACAAUAAGUUAAAAUACAAAACCAAUGAAUAUCUUUGAUAUUAAAAGUGUUCCGCUAUUGUAAUUUUAAAUGCCAUUGACAACUGAAAGAACUGAAACUGGUUCUAGCUCAUCGUAGAAGUGAUUAUUUAGUGUUUUUUUGUAGCAUAAUUUUCCUAUUAAAAGUUGAAGGAAUCUUGUUGGCUCUUAUGGGACUAAGGCAUUCGCGCUGCUUGCUCUUUCGGAGAAAAAUGGCGGAUGCAGACAACUCGGAGCGACAGCACCCCGUUUCUACCCCUGUCGUCUCCCUGUCAAUCCAGCCUGCUCCGAUGCCCAAACCGGUGCCUACCACCCACCCGGUGUCCUGCCCGCCUCACACACCCCACAUGGCUGCCCUCCCCACCUACCCUGUCCGGGGAAAGGCGGCCAAGCAGCUAAACCCAGAGGAAAUGACAUCACGAGACUAUUACUUUGACUCCUAUGCCCACUUUGGGAUCCAUGAGGAGAUGCUGAAGGACGAGGUGAGGACCCUGACCUAUAGGAACGCCAUGUACCACAACAAGCACGUGUUCAAGGACAAGAUCGUGCUGGACGUGGGCAGCGGGACGGGCAUCCUGUCCAUGUUCGCUGCCAACGCGGGUGCCCGGCACGUAUACGGGAUUGAGUGUUCAAGCAUAUCCGAAUAUUCAGAGAAAAUCAUCAAAUCAAACCAGCUCCACAACGUCAUUACGAUCUUUAAAGGGAAGGUGGAGGAAGUAGAACUUCCUGUGGACAAAGUGGACAUCAUCAUCUCCGAAUGGAUGGGCUACUGUCUUUUCUACGAGUCCAUGCUCAACACCGUCAUCUUCGCCAGAGACAAGUGGCUGAAGCCUGGAGGCCUGAUGUUUCCUGACAGAGCUGCUCUGUAUGUAGUGGCCAUUGAAGACAGACAGUACAAGGACUUCAAAAUCCACUGGUGGGAGAACGUGUAUGGCUUUGACAUGACCUGCAUCCGUAAUGUGGCCAUCAGAGAGCCUCUGGUGGACAUGGUGGACCCCAAGCAGGUGGUGACAAACUCCUGCCUUGUAAAGGAAGUGGACAUAUACACGGUGAAGAGGGAGGAUCUGUCGUUCACCUCGGCCUUCUGUCUGCAGAUCCAGAGGAACGACUACGUCCAUGCCAUGGUCACGUACUUCAACAUAGAGUUCAGCAAGUGUCACAAGAAGACCGGCUUCACCACAGCUCCUGAUGGCCCCACCACCCACUGGAAGCAGACUGUGUUUUACAUGGAGGAGUACCUGACUGUGAAGAAGGGAGAGGAGAUCUUCGGCAGCAUCACAGUGAGGCCAAACGACAACAACGUGCGUGAUCUGGAGUUCACGUUUGAGCUGGACUUUAAAGGGCAGCUGUGCGAGGCAGCCAUUUCCCACGACUACAAGAUGCGCUAGCGAGCCAGUCCCUCUGGACACGCCCUGGGACGGCACACAAGGCCUCCUAUUGGUUAGAAAGAGCUGUGAGACGUGUCUGAUUGGACGUUUCUGGGACCUGAAUGACCCAGCGACCUGAGCAAUAGCUAUAUCGUUUGCCACCGAUUUCUUGACAGCUACGUUUUUUUUCCUGGCACAAUUCUGAAUGUAAUAUCCUAAAAGAACUUGAUUUUAAAUUGAUUUGAUUAUUUGAACCGCUGUCAGUGUUUUGAGUCAGGUAACAGAGGAAUUUGAAUUGAAGUCAACAUUAACGUCCUUGCAAUGACAUUUUCCACUUUACACAGUGGAAGAACCCUGGGGAAUUCUUUCAUAAAUGAAACAAUAUUAGAACUAUGAAAAGGGUAGUAUCCCAUACAGGAAAGUAAAACUGUUUUCAAGUGUUAUGUUGUAUUGUGUAUUUUGUUAAGUUAUGAAGGUAUUUGAAAGAUACUUGCAUGUUUAGGGUUUCAAUCUUUCUAGAUUUCCGAUGUCACAAUAUGAUUUGAUCUGCUACUUGAGGCAAUUCAUUAUGUUUCCAACCUACAGUGCCCGAAAGAAUGUGCACAGUCACAGUAAGUUGGAAAUGCGAAUAACAAAGUGGUUUAGCAGGAUGGUGUGCAAGAGAUGAACAACUGAAUAAAAAGACAAAUACCA